GUGUUAACCUGUUUAGUUUAAAUAAAGCUAAAAAAAACUGUUGUCGCGCUCACUGACGUCAUCAACACGCGCCUACAGAAGCGGGAAACAGACAGACCGGAAACAGCUGAGGAGUUUGCAUAAAGGCAAAACAUGACACAAAGAAAGAGACUCUCCAACUCACAGACCCCCUCUCAGAGCAAAAGGUCGGCGGGUCCUUUAGUGAACCAGGAGGAGGAGGAUGAUGUGACCUUCACUCAGCCCAGCAGCACACAGGUCCAGAGGGGGCUGGAGAAACUCACAUCUGCUCAGGUGGACCAGAAGACUGCUGAGGUGGUGCAGUAUUUCUUAGUGAAGGACCAAAAGAAGAUGCCGAUACGCCGAGCAGAUAUUGUGAAACAUGUGGUGAAGGAGUACAGAAACAUCUACCCUGAGAUCAUCAACAGAGCAGCACAGAUGUUUGACAAGGUCUUUGGAUUCAAACUGGUUGAAAUCGACACCAAAAAUCAUCUGUACAUCCUCGUCAAUAAGUUGGAGCCAACUGAGGCCCCCUCCCCGAUCCCUGCCCCGGUGAAUCCAAAGAUGGGCCUGCUGUUCGUCAUCCUGAGCGUUGUUUUCAUGAAGGGAGGAGCGGUCAGAGAAAACCUCGUCUGGAACAUGCUCAAGAAGCUGCGCGUCGACCAAGGAGAGAGACAUGACGAGUUCGGGGACGUGAAGAAGGUGGUCACCGAUGAGUUCGUGCGUCAGAGGUACCUGGAGUACGUCCGAAUCCCUCACACGGAGCCCAUCGAGCAUGAGUUCAGAUGGGGUCAGCGUGCAGAACUUGAAGUGUCCAAAACCCAAAUCCUUAAGUUCAUGGGCGAGCUUCAUGAAGUGGAUCCUCAGAGCUGGAGUCAGCAGUACAAAGAAGCUCACUCCUCCCAGACCUCCUCCCAGCCCGGUACCAGCAGCCAGAGAUGACCCUGAACCACCGUCACAUUAGCUGUCUCCCCUUUAUGUGAUCUGUUCCGGCUGAUUGAAGCCGAAGUGUUCUGUUUUUAUAUCAAACUGUAAAUACAGCAUGUUCAUAUUUUAGUCUAAUAAAAGAAAUAAACUCAAACCUC